AUGGCUACCAAGCGCCGACGCGUUACUCCCAUGCCAGUCCUUGCGGAAACUGGGCCAGAGCCACCAGGAGAAGAAUCGGCCGAAAGAGAGCGGCGGAAGAGCACGGGCAUGGAGAGCUCAGCAGGGGAUCAUGCGACAAGACCUGCGCGAAAGCAUUCUUUUGCUGCAGUUCCAGACUUCAUCCGCGUACAUGAGAAUCGGAUAACGCUGCUCAAGGACCAAGGAGAACAAGCGCAACAAACGCACGGGAGCAAACAGCUCUUCCUGCAAGCACGAGCUCUGAAAGUGGUUGCAAACGGCCCCUAUGUUGCUUUGCUUCAGAGCGACCGCCGGCUGCUGGUUUUCGAGGACAAGGGACACAAGCUGACGCUGGAGACAGUGGUCCCAGUGCAUCCCUCCCAGCUGAAGGCACUGCGCUUGGAUGAAGCCGGAAACCCGCGGCUUCUGGUUUCGGGUUCAGGCAGGGAAGGCCUUCGCUGGCUCCGAUUUCGGAGGCCCACUGCAGCCGCUGUCGGCUGUUUUGUUGUCGAAGCCAGCCCCAAAGCGGGCAAAAGGCAGGGGGAAAGCGGCCGGGACCGUUGA